CAAAAACACCCGACGAGCUGACAACACCGCAAUCCAACUGACAAGAAUGACAAGAUUUGCUGUAAAGUUUGGUGUUAAUUUUGCAAUUUAAACUUUCAUGUUUUAAAGUGUUUGCAACGAUUUCGCUGUAGCUAGUCUUAUUGCCUUAUUGGGACUAUAUAGUAGAGUAUAUUUCAACACUAACUUGUCUUGCGUGGUCACGCCGGGUAUUUUUGCCCAUCCUUACUUUCCAUGUCACUUGUCAAUCAUCUGUCAAAGAGUGACAAUCUUGACGACACCUCAAUGUUGAAAAAAGUUGUAAAUUAAUUUCGGAAGCUUAUUAAUUUAUCCUCUUAUUUCUGCAAAAAUGUUACCUUAGACGUUAUAAAAUUGGUCUCUUCUUAUCAAAAAUCCAAUAAUCCAGGACGUAUUAUCAUUAUUCUAAGCAGAAGCGUACCUGCAGCGUAGUGGCUUUGCCUGGUUUGUGUAUAUACGGUGUGCGUUUAGAGGACUUGGGACUUAAAAGAUGUCUGAAGAGAAUUUUGAGGAGGACGUGCACUUCGAUGAUGAUAUUGAUGCAGAUGAACCGUUCAGAGACGGGCCCCCAAGGGGCGGAGGACGAGAUUUUUUCAGGGGUAGAGGAGGCAGAGGGGGAUUUGGCAAAGGGCCCGGUGGUCCCCGCAACUGGAACGGGCCCCCGGGUCCCCCGCGAGACAUGAGAUUUCGCGGCCGUGGUUACGGCCCUGGCGGACCUCCUCCUCCGCCGUUCGGCAGAGGUCGCGGCGGACCCCCCGGCCGACCCCCCAUGUUCCGAGGCGGACCCCCACCGAGAAACGGGCCCCCGGGCGGCGGUUUUGGCGGACCUCCACCUGGAUGGGGGGGACCGCCUAACGGGCCCCCGCCCUUCGGACCUCCUGGCAUGAUGGGACCCCCGCCUGGUAUGGGCGGUAGAGGCGAUAGGUCGCCAAUAGACGAUCGGCCAGGUGAAAGGGGACAGAACCAGAAGCCAGGCGCUGGUGGACAGGCACCGUCAUUUCCUGGGGGUGUCGACCAAGCCUCCGAAAUCUGGGUAGAAACAAAAACCUCCGAAGGCAAGUCGUACUACUACAACGCCAGAACGCGCGAGACGACCUGGACGAAACCUGAAGGAGCGAGUGUGAAGGUGAUCUCGCAGGAUCAGGUGGAAGCGAUGGCUGCUCAAGUAACCACUGGCGGUGCGCCAGGGCUCGGGAUGCCGACGGGUCCCCCGAUGAACACGUCAACGGCCGCUCAAGCGGCCUUGGCGCAGGCGAGCAUCACUAACAAGCCAGAAACAAUCCAAGCCAACGAGGAGGCGAAAAACAGCGGCAAAGAAGGCGGAAUGCCGCCGCACAUGGCCCCUCCAGCCGCCAUGAUGCCGCCUCCGGGCAUGUUUCCGGGCGUUCCUCCGGGCCAAUUUGCCCCGCCCUUCGGCCUACCGCCUCCCGGAUUCCCCGCUGGGGGAUGGCCCCCGGGGGCGCCGCCCCAUCAGCCUCCAGGUUGGCCGGCUGGACCUCCCGGUGCACCUUGGGCUCUACCACCGCUCUUGGCCCCAGGCGGAAUCCCUGGAGGAGCCGCCGCGGCUCUCGAUGAGGCGGCGGUCAUGUCGAAAAUUGAUCCGGACAUUGUCGCCAAAGCUGCCGAAUGGACGGAGCACAAGGCGCCAGAUGGAAGGCCGUAUUACCACAACGCCAACCGCGGGGAAAGCGUAUGGGAAAAGCCGCAAGCAUUGAAGGAUUUAGAAACCGCUAAGUUGGCCGCUGCCCAGGGAAUCUCUACUCGUCCCAGUGGAGGUCCAGUUUCGCAAUCGAACUCUGAUCAAGAUUCGGCUCGGCUGAACGGCACCGCGGCCAAAGAGGCCAAAGAAUUGGCGAAGAAAGAGAGCAUGGAGACGGAAGAUGAGGAGGAACAGGCGAAGAGGAUCGCGGACGCUAAAAGGAAAAAAGAAGAGGAGGAACAGAAGGCUAAGGAGCUGAAGGCCCAGGAUAAGUCGAGGCCGGUUUCUAGCACGCCUGUACCGGGAACGCCGUGGUGCGUGGUGUGGACCGGGGACAAACGCGUCUUCUUCUACAACCCGUCGUCGCGCACCUCGGUAUGGGAACGUCCCGAGGAGCUGCUGAAACGCACCGACGUCGACAAAAUGGUGGCCGGCCCGCCGCAAGACGCAGUUUCCGGCGGAAAAGCGGCGGAAAUGUCGGCGGGAGAUGCGAAAAGCCCGAGCGGAAAGAAGCGCAACACGGAGGACGAGAGCGGCGAUAGCGACAGCGAUGGCGGAGCAGCUGUGCCGCCUAAGAAGGUCAAGACGAACGAGCAGGACAAUUUGCAACAUAACAAUACGAACGGGUUAAGCGCGCCACCCGGCGGUCCGGGCCAGAAGAAGAUCGACAUUGGCAAGGAGGCGGCGAUCGAGGCGGAGGUGCGCGCCGCCAAGGAGCGGGCCGUCAUCCCGUUGGACACCAGGAUAAAACUGUUCAAAGAGAUGCUCGCCGAGAAACAGGUGUCCGCGUUCAGCACGUGGGAAAAGGAAUUGCACAAGAUCGUGUUUGAUUCUAGGUACCUGCUGCUGACGUCCAAAGAGCGCAAACAGGUGUUCGAGAAAUACGUAAAAGAACGAGCCGAGGAGGAGCGUAGAGAAAAGAGGAACAAGCUGCGAGAGAAGAAGGACGCUUUCAGGAAAUUGCUCAGCGAGGCGCACCUGCAUGGAAAGUCGUCGUUCAGCGAUUUCGCUCAAAAGUACGCAAAGGAAGAACGUUUCAAGGGGGUGGAAAAGAUGCGGGAGCGAGAAAGCCUCUUCAACGAGUACCUGAUCGAAGUGCGGAAGAGGGAGAAGGAAGAGAAAAUCCAGAAGAGAGAAACGCUUCAGUACUGUUUGAAGAGUUGGUUGCUAGAUGGCGGGCUACGUCCGACUGUGGUUCCGGGAUCGGCCGUCGACCGUAGGUGGCGCUGCCGGCGUGCUGGCCGUAAGAAGCUGCCUCUUCUACACUUCCCCCACUUCUUGCCUACUACGUGGGUCGCUUGUUUUUAGUUGACGGUACUAAAUAAUCUACAAGUUAGUUUACCAUGUAAAACGGGACUUCUUGGCAAUGUUGCGCGAACACUCCGACAUAGACCGGCAUUCUCAUUGGUCGGAUGUGAAGCGAAAAGUCGAUUCUGAUCCGCGUUAUCGGGCCGUCGAGUCGCACGCGGCGAGAGAGGAUUAUUUCCGCGAGCAUUGCAAGAUGCUGAAGGAGGAGAAGAAGAGAUCGAAGGACAAGGACAGGGAGCAUAAAAGGGAGAAGGAAAAGCACAAGAAGAAGGAUAAGGAUCGCGACAGGGACAGAGAAGAGAAGAAGGAAAAGAAGGAGAGCAGGGAUAGAGAUAAGGACAAGGAGAAGGAUAAAGACAAGGAUAAGGAAAAGGACGAAGCUAAGGCGGAUGGCGAAGACGUCGACGAAGAUGGGGAUGUUUCCAUGAAAGAGGCGGAGGAUGAAAAUGAAAAAGACGAUUCUGACGAAGAGAAAGCGAAAGAAGAAAAGGAGAAGGACAGAAAAGCGAGGGCUGAAGCAAGUUUAAGGGAGAGAGAGAAAGAAGUCCAAAGGACGUUGGCGAAUCAUAUGAGAGACAGAGAUAAGGAGAGAGAACAGCAUAAGAGAGAUGAAGCUGUACAGCAUUUCAAUGCUUUGCUGGCGGACUUGGUGCGAAACUCAGACUUGAGUUGGAGAGAAGUAAAAAGGAUCCUGCGCAAAGACCACAGAUGGGAUUUGGCCGACACAUUAUCCAGGGAAGAUAAGGAAAAACUGUUCAACGAGCACAUCGAGCAGUUGAUCAAGCGAAAAAGGCAGAACUUUAGAGAGCUGUUGGACGAAACGACAGAGGUGACUUUGGUCAGCACUUGGAAGGAAAUUAAGAAGAUCAUCAAGGACGAUCCGAGAUACACCAAGUUUGCGUCCAGCGAGAGGUGUGAACGCGAGUUCAAAGACUACCUGAAAGACAAGCUGAUCAUAGCUAAAGGUCAGUUCAAGGAACUUCUGCAAGAGACGAAAUUGAUUACCCACAAAUCGCUGCAAACUCUGCGCGAAAACCAGGGCCACAUGCAAGAGAUCGAAGAUAUCCUGCGCAACGAUAAGCGAUACCUGGUGUUGGACCACAUUCCCGAUGAAAGAACGCAGCUGAUCUUGAACUAUUUGGAGGAAUUGGACAGGCGAGGACCACCUCCUCCGCCCACGGCCAGCGAACCGAACAGGAGAAGCAUUAAGUGAUUUUUUUUGUUUCCUCAUCCUUUUUAUGUUGCUUCAGUUGUAUAUUUUAUCUUUUUAGAGCACCUUUGAUGUCUAUCUGUGUCACAAUAAAGUGCCCAUUUGAAUAUGA